CACAGGCUACACGUGGGACACGUUCCGCUUCACGUUGACUCCUUUGAAAUGUUUUCAGUUUAAAUAAAGUGAACGUGAUGUGUUGAUCGAGUCCGAUUAACGUGCGCCAGGACAAUCCAGGAGUUAACAUGAAGAAUAAACCGACCCGUCAUAAGGAGGCGAACGUCUUCCGGUUUAAGCCGUUUUCCGAGCGAGUGACGGAGAUCGACGUCGACGUUUUUCACCGUGUGGCACAUCGGAACGAGGACGACGCCAAGGAAGUCGAGACUCACUUUCACGAGACGCUGCAGAAAUGGAACGUUCUCAACCUGACGGAUGGCUACACCGCCUUCAAGAAGCAAGUACGAGACAUCGUCACGUUGCCCCAGCUCCUUCACAAGAAGCAGCACGUGAUCGACGCGCUUAUGUUGUAUUUGAAGAAACGAGAUUCCUUGUUCCUACAGCCGAUCUUAGAGUUGGUAGUAGCCGUAGCGAGAGAUCUUCAGAAGGAGUUCUACGAUUAUUUUCCAGAAUUUCUGUCCGAAAUGAUCUGCCUGCUGCAAACGAAAAACGCCGAGCAGAUAGAGUAUACCUUCACCACUUUGGCAUAUCUGUUUAAAUUUCUGUGGCGAUAUCUCACAAGAAACAUAAGAAGUGUGGUGCCUCUGUUACUGCCGCUGCUGGCUGACACGCAGCCGGUCUAUAUAAACAGGUUUGCCGCCGAAAGUUUUGCAUUUGUAGUUCGCAAGAUCAAGGAUAAAGACUCCUUCCUGAAAUUGGUGCUACAUAUUCUGGAGGAUAGAAAUGAAAAUGCUAAGGAGAAUGGGAUACCGGGCUGCGGAAAGUUAUUGUUUGAAGUUGUCUCCGGUACUCCAGGACAGUUCCAUUCCUGCGGCGAGCAGAUGUUACUUCUUUAUUUCAACGCUCUGCAAGACGAAUCUCGUGAUCAAAAGCUCACUUACGAAGUACUACGUGAAAUCGUAACGUGCAUAUUGCAAAACAUACAUCCACAAAAGUGCGACGUCAUGUGGAAUGUUAUACUUAAAAUAAUGGACAUGUUUGUCGAAAAGUUGAAGCAGUCGUUAGACGUCUCUGAGAGGAAACACGCUUUGAUUCUUUUAUUGCGUCUCGUACAUAUGAUUGUCAGCUAUAAAAAUGGUAGAUUUUUAACCGACGCUAUAUCCUUGACGAAAAGAUUUACCAACAUGAUGGACGUAUUGAGCGAAGACAGUAAUAUCUUGCGAGAAGUUAUCGAUGUGUCUGUAGCCAUUCUCUUGGCAUCCAACGUUAAGUUAAUGCAGGAGAAUUCGAGUCAACUGUUGCUGAAAAUUAUGAUGGUGAACGAUAUGGAAUUAUUGUAUUCCUCCGUUGAAAAUUUAAUACCGUACUCUUCGUUCGAAGCUUUGGUAUUGCCUCAUGUAUUGCGGCGCAGCAUGUCUACUGGAUUUGACAGUGAGACGUUGCUUCUGCUUGCUAAAAUAAUUCUCGCAAAAGCAUCACCUUGCCUCAGCGGUAUAACUUUGGACAAAUGGAAAAAGUACAUUUUAGAUACACGGAAUAUUGGAAGCGGGAGUAUCGAUUAUCUCUUACGAGAAUUGAAAACGUUGUCUACCGAUACCGUCUCGCUCGACGCACUGAGAAUUUUGAUAAUUUUACCACAUCUGAAGCCGUUACGCGAAGAAUUUAAAGAUAUGUUGAGAGACGGCUUGUUAUUUUUAUAUAAAAAGAUACUGAAACCGGACAGUGCGGAUGAUGCUGCGGACAUCAAUAAAACCGCUUUCGUAUUUUUAUUAACACUGGAAUCGCUGGUGCACGUGUCGGAGCCAAGCAGUCUCCACGAGUUUUUCGUAAAAUCUGACAUAAAAAUAAUUGAUCUUGUUAAUAACGAUAACAAGUGUAUAUUAAACGCGAUAGAUCUCAGCUUAACGUACUUUGCUGCGUCGCAGCAUCGUGCGGACUACAUAAAUUCAGCGUCGUUUGACAAAUUAAACGACAAUAUAGUAAAAAAAUUUAGUUCACCUUAUAGCAACGUUCGAUUAAUCGUGGCACACUUAUACUCUUUGUUUUCUAAUGUCGAAGAUCUGAAGGGGCCCUCGGUGCAAGGUGAUGGAAAAAAUGCUAUGGAGCUUGUCUAUUUGGUGGAAUGUGAAUCCGUGACGAUGCAAAACUACCGCAGCAAGCUGUUGCACUUACAAGCUUUAGAAUUUCAGACUCACGCGAUAGUUAAUCUAGAUCCGAAGUAUCACGAAUUUCCAUUAAGAUGCUUGAUGGGCACGUUGUACGUCAAUUUUUCUCUGCUCUGGCAGCCCGUGAGUACAAUCAUAGCUAGUUACGGUAACAAGGAAUGCCCACAGUUCUGGCCGACGUUUCUGGCCGAGUUAACGUCUAACAAUGUGCCGGAGAUUGAACGGAGAUCGUCGUUCGCGUGCCACGUGGUUUCGUCGUUGGAAUCGCUGAUCGAGAGGCACGACGAUAAGCCUGAUUUCGAGAAUUACAAGAUCCUUCUCUGGAAAUGCAUGGCACAUUUUUCACAUUACGCCGAGACGAAAAACAGAGACUUAACCGGAUUGUUCAUCGAUUUCGUAAAUGCAAAUUUUUUUAGAUCCAACUCCGACGAGGGCAAGUAUUGCGACGUCGAAAAACGUAAAGAAUUAAUCGAUGCGGACGAUGACACGGAUGACGAGAACGAGAGCGAGAACGAGGAGCGUAACGAGAGCGUAAAAGCCGCGCAAGCGGACGCGAUGAAAAGGACGUACAAGGUAAAACUUUUACUCGCCCAGAUGGAAAUAUUUGACAAGGUGCAGAAUCCGAAAAUGAUGCACAGAGAAGCGGAGCUGCAUCAGAUCUAUCUGGACUUGAUUUCUUCGAGGAACGCCGACAUACAGAGAGCCGCUCUGAAUUGUCUCUUUGCGUACAAGUACAAGUAUCUUUUGCCAUACAAGGAGUCUCUGUGCAGUCUGAUAAAUGAGAAGAAUUUGAAGAAUGAGCUCGCGCGUUUCAAGCUGGAUCGGGAGAGCAACAUGAUAGACGAGGAGCAUCGCGAGAAUCUCAUGCCGAUCAUAAUGAGAAUUAUUUACGCCAAAAUGAUUACGAAGACCGGCAUGAGGACCGGUGGAAAAGCCGGUGGAUUUGCACGGAGAAAGAUCAUACUGCGCUUCCUGGGCGGUGCGCAGGAGGACGAGAUGAUCAUAUUCGUCAAAAUGGCAUUUAGACCGUUCAAAUACGUGUCGGAGGUGGACGAGGCGUUUGACCUGAGGAAGUACGCUGGGAACAUCGUCGAUACCGUCGAUCUGAAUAACGUCAUGCCGCCUAAACGCAUGCAGAGCGCCGUGAAUCUGUUGGCGAUAGUAAUAGAGCAAUUCGGCGGGAAGAUGUCGGCGAAGUUGUUACCGCGGUUGCUCAGAAUAUUGAUCUGCAUCCUGGCCGAGGUGAACGGGAUUCUGCGGAGAUCGGGGGAGGUUUACCCGGGAUACCUGUCGACGAUCAAGAACGUGAGGACGAGCUGCGUCGGUAUCCUGGCCAGAUUCUUCACGCAUUUCGAGGACUACGACUGGCAGCGGCACGAGAUAGACGCGAUCUUUCACGUUGCGAUAUUUCCCUUGUUGCAGAAACUGCCUAUCGAAGGUAUACACAGUCCUACGACCUUGCUCAAGUUAUUCAUGGCGUGGGGCCAGAACUCGCGGUACUAUCCGUUGUUUGCGAAGCAUCAGGAGGACGACCAGUCGAUCACUCCUCUCCCUUAUAUCAUGCGACUCCUGUCGAAUCCCAAGACGCAUCAGUCCGUCGUCAACGCCAUUCUGGAGAUCGUCGAGAAGAUGCUGACACUGCAGGACUACGGGAGAUCCAACGAGGAUGCGAUGCAGGUGGACGCGCCGUUCUUACCACUAACGCCGAUACUCACCAACAUGCUCGAGGUGGAGGAGAAGGUACUUUCGAGCGGGAUCAACUACGGCUCCGCUAUACUCCUGCCGCAUGUCCCUAACGUUCUGGAGUUUAUCAAAGAUAGACUUAAAAGGUUUCAUAAGAGCAUGAACAAGACCGAGCUGAUCAUCCUGUCGCGAAUCUCCGAAUUCGUUACGGAUGUUGAGACAUGCGACACGGUGCUGAAGCUGAUAAUACCCGUGUUAAUCAAGAAGGUUACAUCUGGCGGUAACGAGGAGGUCGUUAUGGGAUUGUUGACAACCGUCACGAAUCUCAUAAAAAUUGUGAAUAAGCCAGAGAUUCAUUUGCGUUCUAUCGCGCCGCUGAUGGGCUUUCUGUCGGAUGUGCCCGCUCGCAAAACUCUUUUGCAGCUGUAUCGCACCAUCGCCGAGAGGUUCGCGGAGGAGCAUCGCGAAGCGAUGAUUCAGGAUUACGAGGUUUUGGCCGCUCUCAACGCGUGGGAUCACAGAUGGGUCGAUCAACCGGACUUCCAGAAGAGGCUGGACGCCUUCGAGCUGAUCAGCGACAUGGCCGGGAGAAACGCGAUUGCCCUGGAAUUUGGCGUGACUGUGAUACACAACUGCUUUUAUUUUUUGAAAACUGUAUCGGAUUUGGCGAUGCGAGAUUGCUCCGGGCAGUGCCUGAAGCUCGUCGCGGCGAAAUUAGCGAGGGAGCACCAGAGUAACGUCUUGAACAGGCGUUACUUAAUGGACGACACUAUCUUAACUCUUACGAGGAAGGGCAUUACGAGCAAGAACGAGACCGUUCGCCUUCAAUCGAUAGCGCUUUUGGGACACAUGGCCCUGGAGUGCGCGGACGUGCAUCUCGUUUUACGAGACUUGUCCCUGCUUGCCAAUCGAGUCGAUCCUGAAGUCGAUUUUUUUGAGAAUAUGCAACACUUGCAGUUGUACAGGAGAGCUCGCGCCUUACUAAAGUUCUGCACGCUCGCCAAGACAUUGCGAAAGCCGUUUAAUCCUAAAACAUUGACGCAAUUUAUUCUUCCCCUCUGCUCGUCAUAUUUAUGCAACGAGGCUUUCAUUCACAAGAACAGUCUCGUUGACGCCGCUAUCGAGACCGUCGGAGUGGUGUGCAAGCUGUUACCGUGGCACCACUACGAGAUCAUCUUGAAGUAUUAUUUAGGCAAACUGAGGAGCUCCACAGAGUUCCAGAAGCAAGUCGUUAGAAUAGUAGUAACGAUACUAGACUCCUUUCAUUACGAUCUUUCAAAGUACAAGCCGGCAGAGAAAAUUACGAAAACCAAAGCUUCUUCGGCAGGAACCGAAGAUAAUGCUGUUACUGAAACUUCUGUCACUGAACCGCUAAGAGAAGAAUCUAAUGAUGCGAUUAGUAAAGAUGAGAACCUCGAAAACACGGAACAAGGAGAUGAAGAAAAAUUGGAGGAAGCACUAAACGAUGAGAAUGUCGAAGGUGUUGAAGAAAUAAUAGAGACGGAUAAGGAAACGAUAAAGGAAGACUUACCGAUACUUGAAAGGCAAACGCUGCUUUCUCAAUACGGCGCGAAAAAAGUGGUGUUUAGCAUAUCGAACGGAUUGUUGCCUCAACUGCAUCGAUCGAUUGUGGCAAAAACUCGGCAAGACAGCAGUCAUAAAAUCAACAAGAAGAAAAUAGCCUCCGAGACCGAGGAGGACGAUUUAUUGAGAGUUCCAAUUGCUCUCGCGCUUGUUAAGUUACUGCAGAAAAUGCCCGAGAAUCUUCUGAAUACAAAUUUGCCAGGAAUUUUUAUGAAACUGUGUACGUUCCUCAAGUCGCGUAUGGAAUCGGUUCGACGUGCGACUCGCGAGACACUACAGAAAAUUAUGAUUACUUUAGGACCGAAGUAUCUUCACCAUCUUUUGAACGAAUUGAAUACGCUGUUAACGAAAGGCUUCCAAGUGCACGUUCUCGUGUAUACAGUACAGGCUGUAUUACUCGCAUUAAAGCCUCAUUUCCAGAAACUUGAUAUCAAUAAUAAUUUACAAAGCAUUCUGUCUGUGUGCAAAGUGGAUCUAUUUGGAUUGACCGCAGAAGAAAAGGAAGUAGCUGGUAUCAUCAAAAAUGUGUCAGAGGCAAAAAGUACCAAGAGCUUUGAUAUUUUCCAUAUUUUGGCGGAAUUUAUAACAGAAUCUUGCUUAUUAGAUUUAAUCCUGCCGUUAAAAGAAAUGCUAUUGAAGACGCACUCGCAUAAAACGAUACACAAGAUUGUGGAAUGCCUCCGAAAUGUAACUCUGGGAUUGGCGGACAAUGCUUACAUACCGUUGGAACAAAUGCUUAUAUUUCUUUACGGUAUUAUUUCGGAAAGUAUACCAGGUCUUAUGCCUGAGAAGGAUAGUAAAAAGCUCGCGGAAGAACAGCGAAAAGGUGAAACGAAAACUCUGAUGCCGCAGGAGUCGAAUUAUUUCCUCAUACCGCCAGAACCCAAAAACAGAAUGGGUAUUAAAGUUACUGCAAAAACUACCAAGCAUGCCAACGUUCAUGUGAUGAUAGAAUUUGGUCUGAGACUGUAUCAUAUAUUGCUGAAACGGGACAAAGUCUCCGGUGCGAAAUACAAACGUUACUUAGAACCAUUUGUGUCAGUUUUAAGUGACUGUUUAAAGUCCCAUCAUGUUAAGCUGUGCACCGUAGCAUUGCAGUGCUUAAAUUGGAUGCUUAAGAUGGAUCUACCUUCGAUGCACACAUCGAUAUCAGACAUUUGUACCUCCAUGUUCGACAUUUUGCAUAAAUAUGCUGCCGCAGGAUUAAGCAAAGGCGAUAAUUUCGAUCUCGUAAUGGCCACAUUCAAAUGCAUGUCCGUGCUCGUCCGCGACGUGAAACACUUCAGUAUCGAUGCAGAUCAGCUGAAGAUUCUUAUCUUAUACGCGGAGCAGGAUCUACACGACAGCGACAAGUACGGUACUGCGUUUACCUUGCUCAAGGCUAUAAUACAUCGAAAGAUGAUUGUCGCUGAAAUGCACACCGUCAUGGAGAAAGUAGCUAUGCUGAGCAUUACCUCGGAGUUGGAACACGUUAAAUUGCAAUCCCGUUCUUUGUUCUACUCUUAUCUCAUGGGUUAUCCGCUCGGCAAGCAUUUGGAUAAACACAUAUAUUUUUAUCUCACUCAGUUGAGCUACGAAAUGCAACCGGGCCGAUUGAGCGCACUGGAAAUGAUCCAUUCCAUCGUCACGGGAUUUCCGUUGAAAACGUUAACAAGGAGGUCAGAAAUCAUAUUUGUAAUGACUGGUGCAAGAUUGAUAGACGACGACGACCCAACUUGCCGUAAACUUUGCGCGAAAUGUAUAAAAGAAAUGCUUAUGCGGAUAUCCUCUAAUGAUAGGAAUAAGCUAUUUGACAAAUGGCCCCUUCAAUGGCUAAGUGAUUCCAAAAUAAGGUACCGGACAUUGGCGGCACAGUUGUGCGGCAUAUUCGUGACCGUCGAGAAAAAUGAUUUCGAUUCGCGACUGCCUCAAGUCUUACCGUUGUUAUUAAAGCAGUUUCACGCAUAUUUCUCUGCCUCUGACAAGUUAGAUAAUGCAAAAUGCUCGCAGAAAGAUCCUGAUUUAAAGGAAGAAAGAACAAAAGAUCAUCAUUUAAUUCAAGUGUUGCAACUACUACUAAAAAUAGCACAUCACACAUCUUUCCUCACAAAUGAAAAGCACAAGGAUUCUAUUGACUCGUUUGCCGAAUAUAGCCAAUCUUUGUUGGCGCAUCCGCACUUGUGGGUUCGAUUAGCAGCCGCGCAAUUAAUCGGCUUUAUUUUGGCUGUCCUUGACGUUGAUAAAGUCGUGGAACUUUUAAAUAAUCCAGAGAGCGAUAGAGUACAUGAGGGUUACAUGUAUUCGAGGCCCGUUGAAACUUUAAAGAGUUUGAUUCUAGAUUUAGUGGCUCAACUUUAUCCGGACAUGACAUUCGAGGAGUUAGCAGAUCAGGUUGUGAAGAACCUAAUCUUUAUCGCAAAGAUGUUAAAAUCGGUCACAGGAUCCGUCGCGAAAACUGAUGAGGAAGAUGAUGGAAGUAAAGCGAAAAAUAAUAAUAAUUUAUCUUUUCCCUGGCUUAUCAGGAGACUGAGAAAAGCUGUAAAUAUAGAAAUAACGCAAGCCCCUAAGUCAACAUCAGUGAGAACUGCAAUGUUCAAGUUUAUUGCCGGUAUAGUAACUACAGUGCCUAUGGAAUAUCUAAACGUGAUACUUUUCAAUAUUAUGUCUCCAUUGGUACGGGAGAUGACUACGACGGAAGAAACGAACGUUGAAUUACGUCGGCUUGCCAAAGAAGUAGCUACCAUGAUUAAAAAGUCUUUAGGAAAUGAGGAUUAUGUCAAAUUACUGAAUCGAGUACAACAAAAGUUGGACAUUAAGAAAGCGGAAAGAAGAAGAGUUCGUGCGCAACAAUUUGUGACUGAUCCCGACCUGGCGGCUAAACGUAAACUGGCUAAACAACAAAAGAAGAAAGAGGCUAAAAAAAGAAAACUGGACACUAUAAAGGGAAGGAAAACAGCAAAAAAACGUAAAAAGAAAGUAGAACUGGAUGAUUUCUAAUUAUACUAUAAAUAUAAUUAGACAACAAAUUUUACAAUUUAAAUAUAAAUUAUAUAAAAUAAAUAAACAAUUUAUAUAGAUGAUUGUGUGUGUGUUACUUGUAAAUAAUUAUAAAAGCGAUGUAAUAUGUAUGAAUUAAAUGUGAGUUUAUGGAUUUACUUCCAGAAGUUUUUACAAACGCUUAUAGACAAGUUUUAUAGUCAAUGUUUAAACAUAAUAUGUGUAACUAAGUAUUAUGCAACAAAUAUUUUUUAAGAAAACACGUCAUUAUGGUUCACAAAGUUUCAUUUCUCAUUUCAUUUCUUUUCAAGAAGCGUAGAGUGCCUUCAAUUUCUCCGAUUUCAAAUUUUUAACACUUUAAAUUCGAAAUUAUGUAGAGGAUUUAUUUUUCUUUAAGAGAACACUAAUGAUAUAUAAGAAAGUAAAAUCAAUCCACGUGUUUAAUUUUCUGUUCUACUUUCUUUUCUGUAUUAUUAAUUGUUUUUUAUGACAAUCGAUUAUAUGCCAUUUACUUUUUGCUUUUUUACAUCGAAUAUUAAUGCCAUGUCUCAGACAAUUUGAAGUCAACUUUUUUAACAGCAAUAGCUUUUGAUUAAUCAACGUUAAAAAAAAAAGUAAUUGUGUGUUAAUUGCAAUAGCAAUUUUGAAACAGACUAUAAUUGGUCACUUAAUAUUUAUCGCUUGUAUUUUUGUAAAUGGCUAUAUGUAUCGACCUUAUAUUCAUUUCUUCAUUUUCUUUAU